UGCCACCCAAUUCGCUCGCAUCACCACGGCUAUGCCAGCCCUUCGCCUCGCAUCACUGCGGACAUAUCGACCCCUCUUUCGACCUGCUCGCCGCACUCCCAGACGGCGACAGCACCCUCCCGGGAGUGACGUUUUGACACCAUGGAUGCCUUCAGUCAGCGCGACGAGGCCGCGCUAAAUCGCGUGCGCCUGGCCGAAGAGUUUCUUGACCCUCACGACCAGAAUGCCCGAAGCUACAGGCCCGACAUCGUCUUGAUGUUGCAGAAGAACCAGAGGCGUUUGGUGGUCAACAUCGACCAUGUCCGCGACCACAAUUCCGAGAUAUCAGAGGGCCUGCUCAUGGACCCGCUUGAGUACUCUCUGGCCUUCAACCAUGCGCUCAAGCAGAUCGUGAAGACGGUCCCGAACGCAAAGCCAGACCAGAUCGACGACGAGGUUCAAUACUACUGCGCCUGGGCCGGCAGCUUUGGGCUGCACGCAUGCAACCCCAGGACCCUGUCGUCCAGCCUACUCAACCGCAUGGUCUCGAUCGAGGGCAUCGUCACCAGGUGCUCGCUGAUCCGGCCAAAGGUGGUCAAGAGCGUGCACUACAACGAGGUGAAGGACAAGUUUCACUUUCGGGAAUACCGCGACCAGACCAUGACCAACGGCGUCACCACAUCGAGCGUCUACCCGCACGAGGACGAGGAGGGAAACCCCCUGAUGACCGAGUACGGCUUUUGCACCUACAGGGAUCACCAGACCAUCUCGAUCCAGGAGAUGCCCGAGCGUGCCCCUGCUGGCCAGCUCCCCCGCGGCGUCGAUGUGAUCCUCGACGACGACCUGGUAGACAAGGUCAAGCCGGGCGACCGUAUCCAACUGGUUGGCAUCUUCAGGACUAUGGGCAACCGGAACACGAACCACAACAGCGCACUCUUCAAGACGUUGAUUCUCGCCAACAACGUCGUGCUGCUGUCAUCAAAAGCCAGCGGCGGCGUGGCCACGGCCACCAUUACUGACACCGACCUGCGCAACAUCAACAAGAUCUCUAAAAAGAAGAAUCUGUUUGAGCUGUUGUCGCAGUCGCUGGCGCCCAGCAUCUACGGCCACGACCACAUCAAAAAGGCCAUCCUUCUGAUGCUUCUGGGCGGCGUGGAGAAGAACCUCGAGAACGGCACCCAUCUCAGGGGUGAUAUCAACAUCCUGAUGGUUGGCGACCCGUCAACAGCCAAGUCUCAGCUGCUACGCUUCGUUUUGAACACGGCACCCCUGGCCAUUGCGACGACGGGCCGAGGAUCUUCGGGCGUCGGUCUGACGGCGGCCGUGACUUCGGACAAGGAGACGGGAGAGAGGAGGCUAGAGGCCGGAGCCAUGGUCAUGGCAGAUCGCGGAGUGGUCUGUAUCGACGAGUUUGACAAGAUGUCCGACAUCGACCGAGUCGCCAUCCACGAAGUCAUGGAGCAGCAGACCGUCACCAUCGCCAAGGCUGGUAUCCACACGUCGCUCAACGCACGAUGCAGUGUUAUCGCGGCCGCGAACCCCGUCUAUGGCCAGUAUGAUCCGCACAAGGACCCGCACAAGAACAUUGCGCUCCCGGACUCGCUGCUCUCUCGUUUCGAUCUGCUGUUUGUUGUAACGGACGACAUCGAGGACACGCGCGACAGGCAGGUGUCGGAACACGUCCUCCGCAUGCACCGCUACCGGCAGCCCGGCACCGAGGAGGGGGCGCCGGUCCGCGAGAACACGGGCCAAUCCCUCGGCGUGGGGAUGCAGAGUCAGUCGGCCGACUCUCAAAAGCCAACCGAGGUGUUUGAGAAGUUCGACUCCAUGUUGCACGCAGGCGUUACUGUGACGUCGGGUCGCGGCGCCAACAAGCGGCCCGAGGUUCUCAGCAUCCCCUUCAUGAAGAAGUACAUCCAGUACGCCAAGACGCGCAUCCGGCCUGUUCUGACCCAGGAGGCGUCUGACCGCAUCGCCGACAUCUACGUCGGCCUGCGCAACGACGAGGUCGAGGGCAACCAGCGGCGCACCAGCCCCAUGACGGUGCGUACGCUCGAAACCAUCAUCCGUCUGGCCACGGCCCAUGCGAGGUCACGGCUUUCCAACCGGGUCGAGGAGCGCGACGCGGCAGCCGCCCAGUCGAUCCUGCGCUUUGCGCUCUUCAAGGAGCUUCUCGAGGAUGAGUCACGCAAGAAGCGGCGCAAGACGCAGACGGUCGAUUUUGCAUCCUCGAGCGAGGAAGGCAGCGGUGAUGACGACGAUGACGACGGAAACUUCCGUAGCACCGCCCGUCCCAGCGGCGUUCCGUCUACCCGCGGUACCGCCAGACCUCGCCGAACAGCCGCCAACGGCAGUUCACGACGCAACGGAGAGAGCAGCCCAGGGGUCCCAGCCGAUGGCGAAGAGUUGGAGGAGGAGGAAGAGGAAGAGGCCCCGCCGCGCAGGACACCCCGGAACGGGCGCAAGGCGGCGGCGGCGGCGGCGGCAGGGAGCUCGUCGCAGGUCUCGUACGCCUCGUCCAUGCCGGCAUCCCAGCUGGAGACGCAGGAGGACGACGAGGACGCGGACGGCGCCGCCGACGAGCUCGCCAGUGGGGCGGCGGCCCUAAGCAUCGCACCGGCGGAGGGGCCGGCCAUCACAGCGCCGCGACUCAACGCCUUCAGGCAGACGCUCGGCCAGCUACAGUCGACGGGCCUCUUUGAGGAUGAUGAGGCCGACGUGGACGCCGUGAUCGCGGCCGUGAACGCUAAGAUGGGCUCCCGAAAUGGCGGGGCGUUCGACAAGGAGGAGGGCAUCAAGGCCUUGCGCAAGAUGAACGAGGCCAACCAGAUUAUGUACACCGAGGGAGAGACUGUUUACCGGAUUUAAGCUCGUGGGCAGUGACUUUGGGGAAGCUACGAUUACGGAUGCAUGGAUACAUGAUGGAUGGCAGUAAACGAAUGUGUCUGGCUCUUGGUGGGCGUUUAAUGGGAAGGCGGUGUUUUGGGCUGCCGAGCCCGGAUCUUUUGUAGAUAAUACCCAGCUGGCAGACGUGACAAGGAGAAAUGUUGUAUGCUAACCAUGUAUCGUCUGUUGACAUGGCUUGGUUUUAUAUUGGCAUUUAGCAUGCGUGUCUUGUCGUCUAUCUUCUAGCGCCACGCAGUCCCAUCGCGCCCCAACUCCAGACCCGGCUCACAACGUUAUGACGGCCAAAAGAACAAAAUGCAGGAAAACAAAACAUGACAAACUUUUUACUCGAGACAAAGGCAUUUUGAACAAAAAAAAAACAGACAACAAAAUUCAAAGAA